AUGUUAGACAUGAAGGCGCAUCAGAAAUUAGACGAAGAUCCAUCGAAAGGUAUACAUAAAAGAUUAGAAAUACUGUUAUCAGAAUUAGUUGGAAAACAAGAAAUAGAUAAAGAUGAAAUGGAUAUGCCGCUUGAAAACGAAAAUCUACUGUUUGUCCGAGGACAGUUAAAGAUCGAUAAAGAAGAUAAAUUAAUCCGAUUGAUAGUAUGUAUGAGGGAAACAAUAGGUUCAUUAAUGGCAAAAUAUAUCAUGGAUAUAAGAAAAUCGUCAGCGAAUAACGCAC